AUGCAUGAUAACAAUAUGGUUGAAGCUAUUGAUAGUUUCAUACAUAAAGUAACUAGUGAUUUUAAAUAUGCAAAUAUGAAUAUUAAUGGUGUUCUUAUAACGGAUAAAAAUGGAUUGAUAAUUGCAAAUGAAGAUGUAAAGAAUGAUUGUAGUGGAAAUAUUGCAUUACUUUCUGAUCUUGCAUCAACUUUUUUGGAACGACAAGCAAAUGUUUGUUUAGAAAAUGGAGAUCAAAAAAUAAUUAUUCGUGAAGCUGGCAAAACCGUUUUUUCUAUUUAUACAGAAGCAACUCGUCGUUAA